AAACCUAUUGUUUUAGUCGGUUCCUUAGAGGGGAACUUCUUGGCUAGCUUUUUAUUGGGUUGGAGCAUUACUACCUCUGCAGGCGUCAUUGCUUACCCUUUUAACACAGUUAGGAGGAGAAUGAUGCUUACAUCAGGACAGCCUGUGAAGUACAGGAACGCUGUUCACGCAUUGAGAGAGAUAGUGAAGUGUGAAGGGUUCUUUCCGCUGUAUAAAGUAGUUGCUGCCAACAUGCUUCUUGGAGUAGCAGGAGCAGGAGUGCUUGCAGGAUACGAUCAGCUUCACCGUAUUGCUUAUACGCAUUGGGUUCAGUAG